AGGCCGCGUGGCGGUGCAUCGCUGUGGUGGGUGCGGGCACGGUGGCCGUUCGACAAGUGUGUGCCGCCUGCAGGGUGGCCCGGUGGGGGACGGGGAGGAUGCAGGGCGGCGGGUGGCGGGGCUGCCUCAGGUGGCGGGCGGCGGCGGGCACCCCGCAAGUCGUUUAACCUGCCCAUCCGCUCCGCCCCGCCCGCCGGGGCACAAGAGUCACGUCGCGCGGCGCCGCGGGGCACCGGGGCCGCUGUGCCGAGCGGCGAUGCGGCGGGGCGGGGCGUGAGUUGCGGCUGUGUUGCCGCGGGGCAGCGGCGCUGCGGCACGCGGCGAUGCUACUGCAGGUGCUGCCCCGUCCCGGUCUGCCCCGCCCCGCCCCGCUGGGCUCUUCUGGUAGUGGCGGGGCAGCGACGGCGGCCACAGGUCAGCCACAGCUGUGGGUGAUGCAGACCAGCCAGGCACGGCGGGGCGGGGCGGGGCGGGGCGGGAGGUGGCGGUGGUUCACACGCUCCUCGUGGGAACGCCGCCGCUCACACACUCGCACACACACGUACACACACACGCACACUCGCACACACAAACACACACACAUGCACGACACACGCCCACGCCGCCGCCCACGCCGUGCCCUGCCGUGCCUCCGUCAGGCACUUCGCCGCGCCCUGCCGCUGCCGCGCCGUGCCCAGGCCACGCAAGGGCGGCGGGCAGCCUCCCAGAGGCGGGGCGGGGCGGGGCGGGGCGGGCAGGCUGCAGCGCGACGCGGGGUUAUCGUACGCUUGGCGGCCGCGGCGGCAGCGGCGGCGCACGGCCGUAUAUGAGGUGGCCGCCCGCCCGGCACACGACACUUCCCAGCACGCCGCCGCCACCGACGCUGCCGCCGCGUGCUGCCCCCGACGCGUGCACGUGCAGGCACACACCGCCCCGUGCUGAGGAUUACUGCACGCCGUGACCCCGUGCCUGUGUUGUGCCGAGCUGCGUGCCGCGUGUGUGUGUGUACGCGUGUGUGACACUCGUGACACCCGCCCACGCCCCCCACGCCCUCACGCCCCGCGCCCUCGUGCAUGCUCGUCAGUGUUCGCGGCACGGCGGGUGGCGUGCAGCGGGCGGCGGUCACCUCCUCGGCGACCCUCGGCGGCGCCUACACCCACGCCCACACCGCCGCCCACGCCCCCGCCUACGCCCCCGCCGCCAUGAAGCGCACGCUGAGUGAGAGUGAAGGAGAUGACAUCUACUCCGGCGACGAGAAAGAUGGCGAUGACUGCUCCUCCACGGGCGGGGGGACUUCACGCAAGCGACGGAGGGGCAUCAUCGAGAAGAGGCGCAGGGACCGCAUCAACAACUCCCUGUCUGAGCUGCGCCGCCUCGUGCCCGCCGCCUUCGAGAAGCAGGGCUCGGCCAAGCUGGAGAAGGCCGAGAUCCUGCAGAUGACCGUCGACCACCUCAAGAUGCUGCAUACGAAAGGUCUGGACGCCCUCGCCUACGACCCCAACAAGUUCGCGAUGGACUACCACAACAUCGGCUUCCGGGAGUGCGCGGCGGAGGUGGCGCGCUACCUGGUCACCAUCGAGGGCAUGGACAUCCAGGACCCGCUGCGCCUCCGCCUCAUGAGCCACCUGCAGUGCUACGCCGCGCAACGGGACCUCGCGAGCAAGCAGGCGGCGACUUCGUGGGGUUGGGGCGCUGGGACACAAACUACAACAUCCCCAGCGCCGUACCCGCCCCCAGCCUCCACGAUCUCCGGGUUCCAGGGGCAUGUUCUCCCCCCGCAUCCCCACGGGGCGACGCAUCCCUCACACCCCGCCCCGGUCAGCGCCCCGACGCACCAGGUUGGCUUGGAUCAGUCCCACGGGAUGUCCGCCUUCACCGCCCCGUCCACCAGCGGCGCGGAUCUCGGGGUCUCCAGCUGUAGUUUAGGCACUGGGGCGGGUCCGGGGGGGUCCAGGCUCCCCACCACAGGGUCCGGCGCCCCCCAGGUUCCCGUAGUGACCAUGAGCACAGCGUCGACGGCCCACACGAACUACCACCUCAAUCUGAACGCCCACGCCUUCCCCGCCGCCGGCCCUUCCACGCCCUCCCUGCCCCUCAGCAACCCCGUCAACCCCGCGCCCUACAACCCCUCGCUACAGGGCGCCACGGCGGGGGUCAAGCCUUACCGACCCUGGGGCGCGGAGAUUGCCUACUGACCUACGGAGGGAGAUACGCCCCCUGUCUCCCUCGGUCCCCCUUCAUCCUGUACCUCCUACUCCUCAUUUUCUCUCCCUUAACACCUGUCGGAGAGAGAGAGAGAGAGAGAGAGAGAGAGAGAGAGAGAGAGAGAGAGAGAGAGAGAGAGAGAGAUCUUUACCUAUCCCUCUCCUCGAUAUUGUAACACCUGAAGGAAGAGGAAGAGGAGGAGGAAGAGGAGGGGGGGGGGGUAAACAGAGUCAUUCCUGUGAUGUAGAGUCUUAGAGUUUCAUGUUUCACGUUUCAUUUUCGUUUCCCAUCAAGAUUCGUUUUAUUUUCUGACAUUAUUAUUAUUAUUAUUAUUAUUAUUAUUAUUAUUAUUAUUAUUAUUAUUGAGUGUGCUGAUCAUCAUAAUUAUCAUCAUUAUCUGUGUAUUUAUUUUUCUGACACCAUCGUCACUACCACCAUCACCACCACCACCACCAUCACCAUCACCACCAUCAUCACCCACAAGUCUCUGUACAUACAUAGCAAAUAAUUAGUGUAUUUUUGAUAAGUAUUAUUUUGUAUACCUCAUCGAUCUCUUAUUCUUACGAUGGAAAAACUUUGAAGAUAUAUAAAAAAAAUAUACAAACAAAUUUAUA